AUCCUGGUACUCUGAACUUUAACCACUGGGCCACCCUGCCAUAACUGUACCCUGCCAACUGUAUAAUUGCACAGUUUAUAAAUUUUUUCACGUUCUUCAUUUUUGGCAUUCAUUCAGAUUGGAGUAGACAAACUGGUUGCUUUCUUACAUAUAGAUAUGUUUGCUGCUGGCGUUUAGAUUCAGUGCCAGUUGAAGAAAUCAAUAAUCUGGUGCGUUAUAUAAAGAAUAGUCACGAGUUCGUAACUACGCUAGCCAAUAACUGACGAUUUUCAAGUGAACCCACUAAUUAUAGACAAGAUAUUGAUAGUUGUACUCGAGCUGUAGUACGGCUGUAGUUCAAGUAUCUGUGGCAAGCUGUAAAAUGUUUGGUGAUGAGGGCAUUUAUAUUAAUUCUUCUGGAUUCUAAACAUCAGUUGUACAAAAUUUAAUAUCAAUCAUGUUUCGGCGAAUGUAAUAGAACUGAUUUUCGGCGUUGAUGGAAGCCAGUUCGUUCCAUUCAAAUGAGCUAAUUUUUAUAUUUGCGUGUGUUAGAAGUGUUAGGAUCAGUCGUCAGUUGAAUAAGAGUAAAACUUUGUAAUAACUCGGUAGUUCACCUAUUCAGUAUCUUAAGAAACAGAGAAGUCAUUUUUUGUGGGUCCUCUCAUAGUUUAGUGGUUUCAUGCGGAUUAAAAUUUGUGUAAUGCCUCUGGAGUUGAAGUCAUAUGAAAAAAAUAAGGACCACUGCUACUUAUGUUUUUUUCCUGAUGAUAUUUGCGUCAUAUCCUGAUUAUUCUCGUAUCCUACUUCUUCACAGUGAGUGGCAGACAAGUUGCAAGUCUGUAACGUAUGUGUCUCGUAACCCAUUACACACUAUAUUGACCUCCCAGCUACGUCAAAGGAAAGAGGGUCUUUUCACGUUUCAUUUGUACAUUGUCACAGGAACUCUAUUAUGCAAAAAAGAAACAAUAGUGUUUGGAAAUUGGACAACUGAAAAUUACUGUAUGUUAACUUGAAACUCGUCUAAAAGAAAAGAAAUGAAAGAUUGAUGAAUGGAAAAUGUUAUUUUUAAAUGAAGCUCGCCGAGUAUGGAAAAUAGUCAUCUAAUGUCUAACGUCACUGCGGAUGUUUCAGAAUCUAUCUUGACCGUGUGCUGGACCUGUCUGGUGGCUAAAGCUUGAUUUAUAGUGCAUUGAUAUCUCUGAUGGACGUUACGUGAUGCUAAGCUCAUUAAAAAACGCCAAUUAGCUACGAAUGCGAUUUAUUUGUGGGGCAUAAAUAUCCUCUAAAUUAUUUUCACUAGUGAUUUAAUUUGAAUUUUAUAUCGCAAGCUAAUUCUGUUAUUCAGAAUCACAAAUCGCAUGGUUCACUUUUUGGCGCAAAGCUUGAGAUGUACAUCGUAUUAAUUCAACCAUGAUUCAUCAAAAUAACUUUAUGCCUGUAAAACUGUUAAACUAUGUAUAAAAACCAAUUCUCACUAUUCACUAACCAGCUCAAUCGCAUCUGAGGAUUGAAGGCAAACGUGUAUCAAAUCAUUCAUUUUGUUUGCCAAACAUUUAAAAAAUAUUUACUGAAGAAUUUUUACGUCAUUAUCAGUUUGAUAAUGACGUAAAACCACAUACCUUAUGAAUUAGAAAUCGAAAACGUCCCCAUACCUUAUGGAUUAAGAGUUUGCUAAUGAACAUAGAAUCUGAUUGUCAAAUUUCAGGAAAGAAAUUAUUUAGAGACUACUGAGUCUCAUCCAUUAGAGAGUUUACGAUUUUCUGUGCAAAAAAUCACUGGAAGAGUUUCAGAUUCAUCGCCGUUGAAAUCUGUGAAGUGUGUAACAGUUUCACGUAAAAGCAGGCUGAAGUGGUUGUGCCAUUAUCAGGUAGUGAUUUUUAAAGUUUCUUUAGAGUUAUCACUUAUUUUUUAUUUGUAUAUUUCAAAAAGAAGUAGUGGGGUUGAUUUAUAUAUAAAAUUCGUUAAUCAGUAAUCAAUUGAUAAUAAGAAGUUUAUGGUACUCAUAAAGUUACCAAAUACUCAUACGUCACAAUGCAGAAUUUAAAUUUAAAUGUUAUUUUGUGUACUUUGUAUUAAUAUUCUGAGUAAAUUUGAUUAAUACCUUUAAUACGUUGUGUCAAUUCAAUCGAGAAAUCCUGCCAGUUGUUAUCUCAAAAGCAGAUUGUCGGUAUAUUUAUGAUGAUGAACGGUGGUUACGAUUUCUCUUAAUUAUUGGCUGAUUGUUCAGAUUGACAUGUUAGGAUGUAUUAACAAAAUUAUAAGUUGAAGUACUUAUAAUAUUAAAAGUGUCAUUAUGCUUAGAUCUCAUGUUGUAUUGCUCAGGAACUCAACUUCAUGGUCUGACCAAGAAUUGCAGUCUGAAGAUAGCGCUGUCAGCCUUGUCCCUCUGACGCCUUUUUCGACGAUCACAACAAAUGCAAGUGCCAGUGGGACAUUGGAUCAGUCAGCUGAUUGCACUGAUGUACCAUCAAAAUCCUCUUUGUCAUCCAACUUACUCAAGUGGCCCAGAAAAUUUGAAGUCUCUGAAGAUAUAUUCCCCGAGUCCUUGAGAAAAUCUCUUGGUGCUGCAGAACCUCUAAGCAAGAAGCAGAAAGGCCGUGUUUUGGAAUGUUUAUACAACGAAAUGAAAAAAUACACCUACUAUCCGACGUCAGCGAAGUAUAACGACGUUGCAUGCAGUCUUCUUGAAAAGUAUCCUUAUCUGUACCAGCCCCUCCAGUUCGAUGACGCCAGGGUAAUGUGGAGGACAAUGCUGUCCAUGAAGGCAAGAAAUUCCAGGCAAAGACGAGAUCGCCAUGUGCCAUGCGUCGUGGCCCUUCGUUCAAAGAAGAAAUUUAAUCCUCCUGAUGAUGAAACAACGACCGUGUCUGAAAAUGAUGUGCCCACGAGCACUCCCGCGACAAAGGCUGCGAAUUUAAUGCCUGUUAAAUUCACUGAAGAAGAUGUCAUCUCGGCGCAACGCCACCGCUCAUCCAUGUUUGAUGAAUUGAAAAAGGCUUCUCCGAAUCAAGAAGUGCUCGAAAAAGCUAUGAGUCUGACCUUCAGCGAUCGCAGGCGGAUGAUCAUUACUGAAAAAGCAACAGUAGCACAAAUUGCUGAGAUGUAUCCUGUUCUCUUCAAUGCAAAUCAGAUAUGUGCUGAGUUUUACAGAUUAACGAAUAUUAAUGUGUCAAGAACCGUGCAUGAAAAAAUGUUGGAAUAUUGGUGGCCAAUCCAUUUGCUCGAAGAAAUACCAAUCCCUGAAGAGUCUGAAUUCGAUCCAGAUGAAUAUUAUGAACGCGUGAUUAGCACUUCGUUGCUUCAGAUACCUUCCAUGAUGAAUGAAGAGGUCGAUUUCUCAAUGGCCUCGAAGGGAUUAGAUCAGAAUUCAUUCACUCUUCACUUCAGCGACGCAUCGCUGCCUUACUCUGAUGGUGUCGUCGUAUCACAAGGAAAUGAAAUAUGUCGAGUGUCUGGCGUGAGAGAGGGCUUCGUCGUAUGGAUUGCAAGCUAUUACAUCUUCAACAUGUCCUACCCAAAGUUUUGCAAAAAAACACUAAGCUUCAUCCAACGAGAAUUGCUUGGUCUGAAUGAAAAGAUUAAACUCCCGUUAUUUAUUCUGAAAACAAUUGCUAAGUUGAAUGCUUUGAAAAAUACAAAGUUAACACGGUCAAGUUUAGAGUGAUGUGAGCACCGAUUUAUUGGUGGAACAGUACACUAUCAAUAUCACUCCCAUUUAUGCAUGGUUCGAGUAUUUACCUAAGUACCUAAACGCACUAUAUCAUUUGCGAGUGGAUCUCACCACCUAAAAUUCUGAAAUAUUACAUUUUCACUGGAGUAACGUUAUAUUUUUGCGUACUGAGGUUUGAUCUUUUUGCUCUCUUCUGGUAGAAAACAUCAUGGAACAUUCUUUCUUGAAAAAUCAAGGUUUUGUUUGUAAUGGAUAUGCGUUUGCUGACUUUACUUUUUCUUUUAUAUUCAUUGUGAAAAUUGUGCUGUUCUGUCUUAUAUUUUUGAAAGGCUGCUGCUGAGUUGUCAAUAAUAUGAAACAUUCGUCAGUAGUCGUUGAUUUCGUUUAUAAUGUUAAUUUGAAGUUUCUUGGAACAUUUUAUGGUUUAAGAUUUAGGGUCCCUAGAUGUUACAAUAAUGGAAUUGAUAAAAUUAUAUUUUCCAAGAAAUAUUCACUUUACCAGAAAGCGAAAAUAUGAAUCUUUCGAGGUCGUGGUUUCUGUGUAGAAGAGGUGAGGUAUCGAGUUGAAAAUGGUAUCGAGUUGAAUGUUCACCAUGAGCUUUGAAAACACCAUGAAAUAACCGCAAACCUGUGCAUUGCACGUGUAUAACAGUUUGCUUCUAGAGAUGUAGCAAGAUGUGAGGAAAACGAAAAUUAUGUCUUAGCAGUUAAGCAUUGGAGGCCAUUUAACACAGCUGUCAACUAGCAAAAUCAAUUAACUGACAUCGAUAAACAAAAAGCUAACUGGAUCUUGUGAUAAAGGAAAAUCUGUAAUAUGCCAUGCUACAGCAUAAAAUCCAGUGUAUCAACCUCAUUUUUAAUACAGACAUGUACAAAUUUUGAUUUUAUUAGACGUCAGUGCCUUCACUUAUU